UAAAUCGGUACAAGAUGGCGGAGGGGGACGAGGCAGCGCGGAGGCAGCAGCCGCACCAGGGGCUGCGGCGCCGGCGGCGGACCAGCGACCCAAACACCGGGGUUAACCACGUCUCGUCCACGACCUUCCUAGGUGAGAAUUAUGAAGAUGAUGACCUAGUAAACUCUGAUGAGGUUAUGAAGAAACCAUGUCCAGUACAGAUUGUUCUUGCUCAUGAAGAUGACCAUAACUUUGAGCUCGAUGAAGAAGCUUUGGAGCAGAUAUUGCUGCAGGAACACAUACGAGAUCUUAACAUAGUAGUGGUAUCCGUGGCAGGAGCUUUUCGUAAAGGGAAAUCAUUUCUACUGGACUUCAUGCUUAGAUAUAUGUAUAACAAGGAUUCUCAAAGUUGGAUUGGUGGAAACAACGAACCGUUGACUGGCUUUACAUGGCGAGGUGGUUGCGAAAGGGAAACAACAGGCAUACAAGUCUGGAAUGAAGUGUUUGUGAUUGACAGGCCUAAUGGAACAAAAGUGGCUGUGCUGCUAAUGGAUACCCAGGGUGCCUUUGAUAGCCAGUCAACUAUCAAAGACUGCGCAACAGUGUUCGCUCUAAGCACCAUGACUAGCUCGGUCCAGGUAUAUAAUUUGUCUCAGAAUAUUCAAGAAGAUGAUCUUCAACACUUGCAAUUAUUUACAGAGUACGGCAGACUUGCAAUGGAAGAAAUCUACCAGAAACCUUUUCAGACACUAAUGUUUUUGAUUCGAGAUUGGAGUUAUCCUUAUGAACAUUCAUAUGGCUUGGAAGGUGGAAAACAAUUCCUUGAAAAGAGAUUGCAGGUAAAACAAAAUCAACAUGAAGAGCUACAGAAUGUAAGGAAGCACAUUCACAAUUGUUUCUCAAAUCUUGGUUGCUUCCUUUUGCCACAUCCUGGUCUUAAAGUUGCAACUAAUCCUAGUUUUGAUGGGAGAUUGAAAGAUAUUGAUGAAGAUUUUAAGCGAGAGCUUCGAAAUCUGGUUCCCUUGCUGCUUGCCCCUGAGAAUUUGGUAGAAAAAGAGAUAAGUGGAUCUAAAGUCACUUGUAGAGAUCUUGUAGAAUACUUUAAGGCUUACAUUAAAAUUUAUCAAGGAGAGGAACUUCCACAUCCAAAGUCCAUGCUUCAGGCAACAGCUGAAGCUAAUAAUCUUGCUGCAGUAGCAGGAGCACGAGAGAUCUAUUGCAAAAGUAUGGAGCAGGUAUGUGGGGGGGACAAGCCUUACAUCGCACCUUCAGAUCUGGAACGAAAACACCUGGAUCUCAAGGAAGUGGCGAUUAAACAGUUUCGUUCAGUAAAAAAAAUGGGUGGAGAUGAAUUCUGUCAUCGUUAUCAGGACCAGCUUGAAGCUGAAAUUGAAGAAACCUAUGCAAAUUUGAUAAAGCACAAUGAUGGCAAAAACAUCUUCUAUGCUGCUCGCACCCCUGCCACACUGUUUGCAGUCAUGUUUGCUAUGUACAUAAUCUCAGGACUGACUGGCUUCAUUGGCCUAAACUCUAUAGCCGUCUUGUGUAACCUUGUCAUGGGGUUAGCACUGACGUCUCUUUGUACUUGGGCAUAUGUAAAAUACUCUGGGGAGUUCAGAGAAAUUGGAACAAUGAUUGAUCAGAUUGCUGAAACACUAUGGGAACAGAGGAGUCCCAGGAAGGUGUUUUCCAAACUGUUUGAAGUUACUAGACGUCGAAUGGUCCAUCGUGCUCUUUCAUCAGCACAGCGACAGAGACUGUCAUCCAACAAUAACAAGAAGAAAAAUUAGACAGUAUUUUUAACUUUUUUCUCUAUCUGAAGUGUUCACCCUUAAACAUGUAGGACAAUAAGCAGGACCGUCUGGGCCGGUCUGCAUAAAUGCUGUAUACUUACCAGAUUUGAUGCUGCAUAGAGGGUAUGGAAUUGCACAUCCAUCUCAUAGGAAUUGUAAAUGGUUUGAGUAGGAGGAACGUGAUUUUCGUUGCAUUAUAAAAUGUCUAACUGCAUUAUUUGUAGCAUCAUGCGUUUUUUGGGAGAAUCCUCUUUUUUUUUAAUUUCCCACAUUCCUGGUUAUUUUCUUCAUUGCUUUGAAUUGAAUUUUUAUAUCUAUUUUUAUAUGUAACUCUUUUUUUACCUCAUGUUUUUAUUUGUUUUGCACAUUUCUCAUGCCACAGGUAUUGAAGCCCCUGGGUGAUAAUUUGAUGGAGGAAAACAUAAGGCAGUCUGUAACAAACUCUAUCAAAGCAGGCCUGACUGACCAGGUGUC